CAAAAAAGAACAAUAAGGUAGUUGUUUUAAAUGAAAUGUUUGUCGCUUCUGCCCCCGGAACGUUUGUGUAGCAGGGUGAAGUGCCACUACGGACGGAUUCAUUGACGGACCGUACACAAACCAACGUGAGUGAAAGAACAGUUUUUGGAAAAAUGAGCAUCUUAAUGCUGAUUAAAAAGGCCUGCAGACUUGGUGGAUGUGUUAGGUCUUUUGUUUUGACACGCCCGGCCCAUCUCUCUUUCAGUUCCAGCAACAUGGCCAAGAGCAAGUUUGAGUAUGUUCGCAACUUUGAAACAGAUGACACUUGUCUACGGAACUGCUAUAUUGUUGUGAGGCUGGAUGGGCGCAACUUUCACAAAUUUGCAGAGCAGCACAAGUUCACGAAACCCAAUGAUAACAGGGCAUUGGGACUGAUGACCAGGAGUGCACGCUCUGUCAUUGAAGAGCUUGAGGAUGUAGUCAUCGCCUAUGGCCAAAGCGAUGAGUUCAGCUUUGUUUUUAAGAGGACUUCCAACUGGUUCAAAAGAAGAGCCAGUAAAUUCAUGACCCAUGUAGCCUCCCAGUUCUCCUCCUCAUAUGUGUUUUACUGGAAGGAGUUUUUCGGAGAGCAGCCCCUCCUGUACCCCCCAGGCUUUGAUGGGCGUGUGGUCCUGUAUCCUAGCAACCGUAACCUCAGAGACUACCUCAGUUGGAGGCAAGCAGACUGUCACAUAAAUAAUUUGUACAACACAGUGUUUUGGACAUUAGUGCAAAAAGGAGGACUUACCACAGCACAGGCAGACGAACGCUUAAAGGGAACACUAGCUGCAGAUAAAAAUGAGAUCUUGUUCUCAGAGUUUGGCAUCAACUACAACAAUGAAUCAGCCCUCCACAGGAAAGGCACCACCCUGAUUUGGGAAAAGCGUGAUGAGACUGUCACUAAACGCAUGAAGGUCCCAAACCAAGAGGAGAAGGACAUGGCGGUUACUCGUAGCAGGAAGCGGGUGGAGGCCUACCACUGUGACAUUAUAGGAGAACAGUUCUGGGAGGAUCAUCCAGACAUCUUGGAGGACGACAACUGAUAGCUGCCUCUCUCCUGCUUUGGGAGAACAACUCUAAACUCAUUGGACUAGAGAGUUAAGCAGCAACAACUUGAUGUAGACUUUGUGUCAAGCACCAGGUUACCCAUGAAGCUUAGUAUCCGUCAAAGAAGAUUCUUCUGAAAUAUCUUACAUGACUGACUUUGUACGGUUAAUCUCUUACAGUUGGACCAUUUUCUUACCUUUAUUCAUUAAACGUCUGUUAUGUUAAGGAGGAUGUUUUUUGCUUUAAAAGCGUGAUUAUGUCAGUCGUUUUCAAAGGGAAGCAGAUCAUUUCAUAGUCGUUGGUAGCAGUGGGAAAGGAGGACGUGUGUGACGAGUUUAUAGUCUGACCAAGGCAUCUGCUCACUCCUCUCUAGUCUAGUCCAGUGUAAUUAGCUCUCCUAAGGUUGCUUUUCCAAAAAUAUAUCCCCAUUUGAUAUCAAGAAUGGUAUUCAGAAUACUACCAACACUUGAUCAUUCAGCAUGUUUCACAUGUUUCCUCUUGGCCCACUGCUUUCGGUGCUGAGAGGUUUUUCGACAGCGUUCGCCCAUUUUGUUCAUCUUCUUUUUUCAGAAUUCCUAGUGUUUGAAUUUUAAUGUUUCCGGAAGCCUUUCUGCAGAGUGAUCAAUAUCACUUACAGCCUGUAGUAGGAAAAAAGUGUAUCUGAGGUAGAAAUAAGCAGAGUAAAGCAGAAACCAAUACCUUGACUGGAGUGAGUGGCCUUGUCUUGCAGCCAAGGCAGCAUUUAGGGAUGUGAAUGGAUUCAUCGGCCAGCACUGUCAUCAGCGCUAAGAAUACCUCGCACACCCUGCAUACACUCUACCCUCCUGACAUGUGCUCUGUGGCAUAUUUAUCAUCGCACUUAUAAAUGACCGGCUCAGUAUGAAUGGCUGCUGGAAGCUUGAAGUGGCACAAGCCCACUGUAUUUCGUUACUUCAGUCGGCUCAGUUACUGUGGGGUGUUGCCGCUGUAUUUUUGGUUCCGUGACCUUGUUUAAAGUAUGUAGCUACUA